UGUAAAGCUCUCUCUUGGAAUUCGCUUUGGAUAAAAGCGUCUGUUAAAUGCAUACAUGUAAAUGUAAUGUAAGUGCAGGUCAAUUUAGUAGUGACGGCUAUGUAGUCAGAUUUAUGCUAUAUGCCAAAUAUGUGUAUAAUACACUUGUUUUUAAGACUUGUUUUAAUACUCUUGUUAUGUCUUUUGUGUCAUGUAUUUCAGGCAAUCAAAACCAGAUUUGCACGUGUUCUUGAGGAUAAUGAUGCUCUACUAGCUGCUGCAACCCUACCCAAGUUCAAGUUACGUUGGCUGCGUGACCAGGAGAGGAAGGACCUUGUAAAAGCAAGUAGCAGAAUGCAGAAAAUAUGUCCCAGAGCAGGAUGAGCACCCAGGGGAAACCCCAACAACACAGCGCCGGCCAUCUUCCAAAGAGGAUAAAUUCUUUAGCUUUAGCAAAUCUGGUUCUACUUUAGGACAAAUAAAGUAUAAAAUGAAUUUGAACAGACAGAAUUACAAUUCCCAGAGCUCCACCAGAGCGUUUACACCACAAACAUGCGCUAUAUUUGUAGUCCGCUUAUAUUCACAUUCAUGCAAGUUGCUAUUGCUAGACUCCAUGAAAUAAUCUCUCUUUCUCUCUCUCUCUCUCUCUCUUUCUCUCUCUCUCUCUCUCUCUCUCUCUCUCUCUCUCUCUCUCUCUCUCUCUCUCUCUCUCACACACCCAUGUCUGGGAGUAAGAUUGGAUAGGAAGGUAAAAAAUAGCCUGGAUCUGCAAAUUGAGAUGGAAUAAGGAAAUCAUAUUUAAUAAAUCAUAGAUCGACCGUGACAAAGCGUUGUUAUUUGACGAAUUGGGAAUGAGAACCGGUUUUUAUAUGCCUCUGGGAUCCCUAUAUGAAAGGGGCGAUUGUAAACUACUGCCCUUCUGCUUGGUCCAGGGUGGCUCAUUAUUAACACACACGGCUUAGCAUAUCAUUAGACAAAUCGAGUAAUUCCAAAUUUCUAAACUACUAGUAGGUCAGCAGGUGCCCUACUACUUGAUUCAGAUGGGUGAUUUUUUAAUGGACAGAGAGAAAGCUGUCACAACGAGCUCCACUUAACACUAUGAACCACUCUGAUUGAUGUAAAAUGGGUGUCAAAAACACAAUUGUCUCUUUUAUUUUCAAGCCGGUCUAUUCAGACAGCACGAAAGAAAUCCCUUUCAGUAUGAUUAAAAAAAAGCGUGGCCAAACAAUCCAACUAGCUGUAGAAUUUAUUUUUUAUUUUUUAAAGCGAUCAAUAUGGUUGAGAAUGGGUUUUGUAGUCGGAUUGUGGUGUUUACAACUUGAAUUUCUUUACGGAAGAACUACAUAUCCCAGGGCGCUUCUGUAAAGACGUUUAGAAGGUGGCCCGUCUCGAAUUGCCAACAGCUAGCCAGCUAGCUCGUUCUCAAGGGAGAGUUAGGGAAGUUAUCAGAGCUAUAACAUUCGUUAGGAUAAUGUUCAUGUCAGGUACGGGAAACGGGGGCUAUGGUCAUGGACAGGGGCCGGGAUCGAAUGGUUCCUGUAAUCCGCGGAAGUUUAGCGAGAAAAUAGCGCUCCUCACCCAGCGACAAGCGGAGGACACCGCGGCUUUUCAAGAGGUUAUGAUGGACAUCACGUCCACUAGGGUUUUGGUGCAGAGGGCGCGUCAGGCCCGAAGCCAGGGCCUGUAUUACGGAGGCUCCCUGCCAAACGUCAACCAGAUCGGGAGGAACCCCUCAGACUUCCAGGGCCCGCCCUCCUGUGGCCGUGACUCAGGAUGCCCCACGAGACGCCGUCCAAUGGCAGACCCAGGACAGAGUGACGGACAGCUGAGCUUUCCAGUUCGAUCUGUCAGACGACACAUGGACAGUGCUCCCUACAGGCCAGUCCAUCUGUCUCCCCCUGCGGAGCCUUGCUGGAAAAGGAGCUGGGCUGAAAGCACCCAGAUGGACACAAGCAAGCAUAUUCAGCCUUCCAUGACAGCACUCAACAGGACAAACUCGGACUCUGCUCUGCACACCAGCGUGAGGAACACACACACAGGAGACCUGUUGAGCCCCACACAGAGAACCAGGCACAGAAUGUUUCCGUACCCAGUGCCCCCCAUAGAGGAGAAUGUUCUAGAAGAGGGGAAACUGUCACAAAGUUCCAGGAAGUCGGCUGUGGAACACAACAAGGCCUGUGAGUUUCCUGGUAUCAAAAUCCUGUCCUCCCCAGACCAGCAGCUUGGUUCUCUCCUGGACCUUCCUGCUGCCCUCAGUGCCAGUGGCUCCCUGCCAGACCUCUCCAGCCUGCACCUGCCCUCCCCACAUCCAGGGGGCGCCAGCCUGGACUCAGACAGCCUCCCUGGCUCCCUCAGCAUGGCCUGCAGCACAGGACACCUACCAGGGACAAACUCUGACCUAAAAGACCUGGUGGCCCGGGAUGACCAGUUCCACCUGCCAGGUCUGUGUGUGUCUCUGCAGGGUUCUAUCAGCAACCCUCUGCUCCCCUCCUCCCUCAGUCACCCCAACAUCCAAUCAUCUCUCAGCAGCCAUUCCCUCCCAUGCUCCCUAAACUCUGCUUCCUUACACCUGUCAUUAAGCAACCCCUCCCUCCAGUCCUCGCCCAGCAACCAAUCCCUGCAGUCCUUCCUCAGCAACUCUUCCCUCAGUGGACAGUCCAUCCAAUCGGCUGCCAGCCACUGCAGCUACAGCAGUGGGAUUGGUGGGUCUCGUUCGUGCUCCUCCUCCUCCCUGUCCGCUUCCCCGCGUCCUACUGGCCAAUCCGUGUCCAGGAGGCGGACCCCUCUCAGUCCAUUGGUGGUGCCCCCUGGUGGAGAGACUCGGUGGCACCAGACCAAGCAGUUCUCUCCUGUUGGCUCACCGACCCUCUCCUCCAUAACUCAGGGAGUUCUUCUGGACACCAGAGGCCAUGUACCUAAGGAGCAGAACACGAACCAGGGGAGCCAGCCCACCCACCCCCCAGCCCAGGGACCCAUCUUGCCCCAGCAGCAGCUCUCCGUAUCGGAGGCACAGCUGCAGCAGACUUGCCUGGAGCUCCAGCCACAAGCACAGCACCAGGACAAACUCCGACCAGGACACUGUCCACAACAACCACAUCAGCUCCCACAGAAACAAAACAUCCAGUCACAAAAACACUAUUAUCAACACCAUCAACAAGAUCAACAACACCACCAUCAACAAAACCAACAACAUAUCCAAGAACAUCAACAACGGCAGACCCAGGUGUAUCCUUACCUGUACCCGCAUAUUCAGACAGACAGGCAGGACCUGUCAAGUCAACAGCAACUCAGCCAACAUCACCAAAGACUUUACCUACAACAACAUCAACAAGCACACACUCAUUCAUAUCAACAUUUCCAGCACCCCCAUCCGACCCCAAACCAGCACCCACACCCUCACCCCCAGCCUCUCCCCCACCAUCCCCAGCCCCACUCUCAGCCUCAUCCACAACCUCACCCCCACCAAACCCAGCCGCAGAGUGUGCGUCUCCAGCCCCAGCAGAUCCAACAUGGCGGCCAGUUUCCCCAGCAGCAGCACAGUGACCAGCACCAGUGGGGUAACCAGCGGCCAUACUUGCCAUUCCAGGGUACCGACCUGCAGAAGGUUCCUAAUGGAGAGUUGAGCCGGAGACAGAACCCGGGGAUGGGCUGGGGCCAGCAGAGGAGGCCACCCCAGACUCUGGAGGCUGCUUCCCAGAGUCCCUCCUCCCUGGACCAUCUCCAGAAAGGCUACGUGGGCCUCCACCUGACACCCAGCCAGACUGAAGCUCUCUCACAGCAGUUGGUCCAGCUACGCAAGGAGCCUCCCUGGUCAGAACUGCCGGGGAUGGACCAGAACCACAGCAGCACAGAGUUCCAGAACCACAGCAGCACAGAGUUCCAGAAACACAGCAGUACAGAGUUCCAGAACCACAGCAGUACAGAGUUCCAGAACAUGCCCAUGACAGUGUACAACGACCUAGACACCCUGCCCAUCCUGGGCUUUGAUGACGACCCAUUCAGCUUGGAUGACCCCCUGCAGAUCGACCCUCUCGACCUGGAGGAGCUCCACAUGCUGGGGGGGGACAAGGGGGUGGAGGAGGCGGGCCUGUGCUCCACCCUGCUCAGAUGACCCCCUCCUCCACUGCCCUCCUUUCCCCCUGCCCCAACCUUCCCCUUCUCUUCUCCCCCUUCCCUCCCUCCACACCCCUAUUCAACCUAUUCUCCCUCAUCCCCCAUUCUUCCCCUUCUUCUCCCUAGCGUCAGCUCUGUAUUUAAAAACAACUAUGUAUUCAUCCAGCAGAGGGACCUACGACCUCUUGAUAGUAGUCAAAUGCUCUACCCAUCCUCUCAGUAUGCUACCAUGUAGUUGAACUGCACCCGUGCUCAGGUUCCAACUCUGGGGGUUCUGCCAAACUCAGGACCAUGCUCUAUGCUACACAGGAGUCUCCAGAGAGAGGCACCAGAGGCCAACACUAGAUGAGGUAACAAGGGUCGAGCACCAGCAUGCAUUGAGCAUUUCUCGCUGAAAUAAGUAGUAGCCAGUAAAAAAACCAUGCUUUCAUAGCCAAAUUCAUAAAUAAAAAAAAAUAAAAAAAGAAUUGCUCUUAGGAAAGUUCCUCUGCCCCUAUUUCAUAUCUCAGUGAAGUCAGUGCCUGUCAUCGUUUUUUCUCUGUCUUGGCUUGGUUUCAGGUCAUAUGUUAGGAUCAAUAUAUUAUAUUACAUAAAUGAUGGUAUAUUCAACCUAGGUCAAAGCUGGCCUAAUGAAUAGGCUGGUCUGGUAACCAUACAGCUCUACAUAGGCUCUAGGUCAUGAAAAACAACAUAAUAUCAUAAUGUUGGAGACCUCAGUUUGCUACACCUUUACACCCCAAUACACAUUCUCAUGUACCAAGGUUAUGAUUUCCUGUUGUGCUUUGCCUGCAGUGUGGACUCUCCCUGAGCCACAAUUGUGUUUUAGGAGGAUUUGGGGUUUUGCUCUGGCACAUUUCUGCUGUUGCUCAUUCAAUACAAGACACCCCGGAGAGAAACUGAAAUAAUGAUGUAAUAAUCCCCUUGGACUGGUGACGGGCCAAAGCAUCAUCAACAUAACCUGUUACCCUUUCCUACUAAACCUGAUUGGUUGUAUAGACAAUGUGUUGCCCAGUACCCUUCUGUGAUCGGACAGCUCUCAGAAAACAGUAUUAGUCCACAUUCUUCUAUGUUAUUGUAAGACAACCAAUGGGAAUCAUUUGGGUGUUUCUUUACAUCUUACUUUGUAUUAAUUUAGUCAUGACUGCUGUUGCAACUACAGCAGCUACUUGCAUGCAGGGAAGCAUUGGAAUGUCUAACCCUUCCCAAAACAAUGCACCUUACCAUAGUCUACUUUAUAAGAGAUGCAUGCAACAAUAUCUGAAUAUGAAGGUAUAUAUUUUUGUAUUUAUUUUGAGCUUUUAUUUGUGAUACAUUACUGUUCAUAGAAAAGCGAUAUGUAAACCACCCUUUUCACUCUCAGGUAGAGAUGAAAAAUGUAAUGUACAUUUUUUUUACAAAAUGUGGCCAAGCAACUUUUGUAACAUUAUUUUGCUAUGUGCUUGAGAAAAACUUCCACAAAAUGCCUGAUAAAUAAAACUAAUUUGUUUGUGAAAAAG